UCUAAUUUUAAAAGUUCUCCUAGCUGGCUUCGAACCAUUGCCAAGCUACCAAAACUAAGAGAACUCAGUUUAAUUGGAUGUGGCCUUUCCGAUCAUUUCCUCCUUUCAUUCAACCCUUCCAACUUCAAUUUUUCUACUUCCCUUUCUGUCCUUGUUCUUUCUAGUAACUCCUUCACGCAACCGAUGAUAUUUCAGUGGCUGUCAAACACCACUUCCAACCUUGUUGAGCUUGAUCUAAGUUGGAACCUCUUGAAGGGUAUUACGUCAAAUCAUUUUGGCUUGGCCAUGAAUUCGCUCAAGCACCUUUACCUCUCGUAUAAUGUUUUCAAGGGUGAAGAUUUGAAAUCAUUCAUGAAUAUAUGCACCCUACAUUCAUUAUACAUGGAUGGAAACAAUAUGACCGAAGACCUUUCGUCAAUUCUUCAUAAUUUCUCCAGUGGUUGUGUUAGAUACUCAUUACAAAAAUUGAGUUUGGUAUCUAAUCAUAUCAGAGGCUCCGUACCUGACCUUUCAGCAUUUUCAAAUUUAAAAAUGUUGGAUCUUUCUUACAAUCAAUUGAGUGGGAAGAUACCUGAAGGCACUAGAUUGCCAUCUCAUUUGAAGCAGUUGUUAAUUAAGUCUAACUCUUUAGAAGGUGGUGUUCCAAAAUCAUUUGGGAGNACAUGUACUUUGGAGUUAUUGGAUUUGNCUGAUAAUAAGUUGAGUGAAAAUCUCACAGUGAUGUUUAAUCAUUUGUCUGGAUGUUCUAGAUACUCACUACAAGAGUUGAGUUUGGCAUACAAUCAAUUCAGAGGCUCCAUACCUGACCUUUCAGCAUUUUCAAAUUUAAAAGUGUUGGAUCUUUCUGACAAUCAAUUGAGUGGUACUUUGCCUAGCAACCUCGCAACAAUGUGCCCAUCAUUAAAAGAAUUGUACCUUGAUAGUAACAGGCUAAAUGGGACAAUUUCUGAAGAUCUUCGAUUUCCACCCGAACUUGAGGUAUUAAACUUGAUGUCAAACUCUUUGAAAGGUGUGUUAACUGACUCUCAUUUUUAUAAUAUGACAAAGUUAGGGAUAUUGAUGUUGUCAGAUAACUCAUUGACGUUAGAAGUUAGUGAAAAUUGGGCUUCAACUUUUCAAUUGGAUACUAUUGAAUUGAGGUCUUGCAAGCUUGGUCCAUUGUUUCCCAAAUGGCUAGAGAAACAAAACAAAUUUCAAGACCUUGACAUUUCAAAUAGUGGAAUAUCAGGUACNGUUCCAAAAUGGUUUUGGACCAAAUUUGGAUUCUCAAGUUGGAUGAGUAUUAAUAUUUCAUGUAAUAAUUUACAAGGUACGAUUCCAAAUUUACCAUUAGAGAAUAAAUAUUAUUCUCUUAGUCUGGCAUCAAAUCAAUUUGAAGGUNAUGUUCCACCAUUUUUACGAGACUCAAUAUUUCUUGAUCUAUCAAACAAUAAAUUCUCAAAUUCUUCUUNGUUUUUAUGNUCUAGUGGUGUAGUUGAAANUUUAUNCCGAUUAGACCUUUCANAUAAUAUGUUUUCUGGACAAAUUCCAGAAUGUUGGACCCAUUUCAAAUCAUUGGCUUACUUAAAUAUGAGUCAGAACAAAUUUAUAGGAGAGAUUCCCUCUUCAAUGGGAUCACUCCUUGAACUUCAAGUUUUGUUAUUGAGAANCAAUAGCUUAACAGGUAAAAUCCCUUCCAUCUUGAAGAAUUGCACACAAUUGGUGAUGAUAGACAUAGCAGAAAAUAGAUUAUCAGGAUCUAUCCCAAAUUGGAUAGGAAACAAAUUAUCGCAGUUGCAAUUUUUGAGCUUAAGAAGCAACUAUUUCCGUGGGAGUUUACCGUUACAAAUUUGUUAUCUAAAAAGCAUUCAACUCUUAGAUCUCUCUCAAAACAACCUAUCCGGAGAAAUUCCUAAAUGCAUAAAAAACUUUUCCUCAAUGACUCAAACCACUUCUUUGAGAGAUUAUCAAGGUCAUCAAUAUUCAGUCAACACUAAUUAUAUCUCAGGUAACUUUUCAUAUGAUUUGAAUGCAAUCUUAAUGUGGAAAGGUUCAGAAGAAAUGUUCACAGACACAGGAUUAUCACUUUUAAAAAGCAUUGAUCUCUCAAGCAAUCAAUUAUCAGGAGAAAUUCCAAAAGAAAUAGAGGGUUUAUUUGGAUUGGUGUCAUUGAAUUUAUCAAGAAACCAAAUCAAAGGGAAAAUUCCUUCAAAUGUUGGAGAGUUAACAUCACUUGAAUUUCUUGAUUUGUCACAAAACCAACUUGUUGGUUCUAUUCCUUCAAGUCUUGCUCAAAUUGAUCGACUCACUAUGUUAGAUUUGUCACAUAAUUAUUUAUCUGGAAAAAUUCCAAUUGGUACACAAUUGCAGAGUUUUGAUGCAUCCAAAUAUGAAGAUAAUGUUGAUCUCUGUGGACCACCGUUAAAGAAAUUGUGCAUUGAUGGAGUUGCAAGACAAGAACCAAUUGUUAAAUUUCAAGAGGAUGACAAUUUAAUUUUCAACCGUGAAUAUUAUAUAAGUAUGACAAUUGGAUUUGUUAUAACCUUUUGGGGAGUGUUUGGCUCAAUCUUAAUAAUACGUUCUUGGCGUCAUGCAUAUUUCGAAUUCUUAAGUAAUUUAUCAGACAGCCUCUAUGUGAUGACAAUAGUGAAAGUUUUGAAGAGACUACACACAACAUAGCAGAAGAAAUCUGGAUUAUAGAUGUGAGAAGAAAUGGAAUUAUUGUUGAAGAUGGAAAGGGUUGUGUUUUGAAGAAAAGAGGUACUUCACUUGGAUUUGGAGAAAGGUAAUUGAGGAAGGUUUUAUGACAUUUAUUUUCUUUAAAAGUUUAUUUCUUGUCUAUUUUUAUUUUGUAACGAUAGUUGAACUACUUUGGG